AAACAGACUUUCCUUGUAAAGACAACCUUGACUAUAAUGCUGCCUAAGAGGUUUGUGCAGUAAGAGGAGCUUCUUGCAAUACAUAGUGAGAAAAUGGUAUUCAGAAAAAUAAUGACAUUCAGGUUUUUAUGUGGAGUAUGGAUAUUGCUGGAUCUCUUUAUUGCCUCUUAUACAUAUGAUCAUACUUUGUUGCCUGAUAUAGAAGAUGAAAAGUUUAUAAAGGACUGUGUGAACCACCACAAUUAUUUUCGAUCCAGUGUGAACCCUUCAUCCAGCAACAUGCUUCAGAUGACCUGGGACCCUGCAUUGGCAAAGACAGCCAGAGCAUGGGCAAAGAAGUGCCACUUUGGCCAUAAUGUUUAUCUCAAAAUUCCUAGGAAGGUUCACCCUUAUUUCACCCCAGUUGGAGAAAAUAUUUGGACUGGCUCAGCCUCUCACUUCUCUGUAGAAGAAGCCCUCCGUAUGUGGUAUGAUGAAGUGCAUGCCUACAGUUUUGAGAGCCAAACAUGUGCUAAAGUUUGUGGCCAUUAUACUCAGGUUGUUUGGGCAACAAGCUACAAAGUUGGGUGUGCAGUCCAGUUUUGCCCACGUGUUUCAGGCUAUGAAGAACUCUCCAAUGGAGCACAUUUUAUCUGCAACUACGGACCAGCAGGGAAUUUUCCAACGAAACCUUAUAGAACAGGAAGACCAUGCAGUGGAUGUAAUGGUGAAAAAUGUGUACGUGAUCUUUGUGCAAAUCCAGAACGGGACCAAUUGAUGAGUUACUCCAACUGGUCCCCAGACUGGGAUGAAACAGAGUCCUCACCGAAAGCUCCUUCGUAUCCUGGUCCAUACUCAACAUGUGAUUCAUACUGUAUUGCUGUUUUAAUUUUAAGAUUAUUGUUUGUAUCACUUACUGCUGGCACAGUAGCUGUUUUAUUUAGGAAGUAUCCUCAAAUGUUUAUGUAUGAAUAAGCUCUCUAACCUAGAACUUUAGGAGUGUAAGCUUUGUGGACACAUCUAGCUUUCAGGGUUCCACCUAAAAUAGCAAUAUAAUUAUAAUUGCUAUAUAAUUGUUAAUAUAAUAGCAAUAUCUUCCAACAUGAGAGAGUAGAAUUUUUUGUGUAAUAUUUCAAAUACCAUGAUCAACACUGUUCCAUGUUGCAGAAAUAGUUACAUCACAGGAAGUUAGUCAGAAACUCGUCCUUGGCUGUAAUCAUGUGAUUCUUUUGAGCAUUGGCCCUUUACACUUUGAAAUCACAUUUAGAAGUUUAUAUCAUAUUCUGUGGUUUCAGUAUCCCACAGUGGCUAUUGACUUGCUUCUUUCUGCCCCUCAUUUUUUGCCCACAAGCUGUGCAUUUUGAAUACUGAUAUCAAGCUAUAAUGUUUUAUCUCAGUUUUAUGCAUUUCUUCCCCACCAUAAAGGAUCAUUGGACUAAGUAGGCGUGGGAUUUUUGGAAUACAGGGACUACAGACCUACAAGCCUGCAGGAAUUUCCCAAACCGGAUGAUGCUGCCAUCAGUGUUAGAAAGGGCACUUUAUUUUGACAGACAUCUAGUAAAGCAGUCAGUCAUAGCAGUUUUGUAUAUUUUUUUUUGUAAUACAGUUUUGCAAUACAGACCUUUUUUUGAAAAAUUUAAAUCUGCCCUCACAUCUGUUGCUGUUAAUUACUCUUAAAUACUCUCAACCAAAUUGACUGUACUAGCUUAAAAUUAUGCCUCCUGCUUUAACUAACGUUUCAAGCCUUUGGAGGGUUCAUUCUCUUUUAUCAUAUGCUAAAGAACAGAGUGUUCUUUAGCGUAAGAUAAUAGAGUGAAAAUUGGUGGAAGAAAUAUCAGUUUAAGGUAUGCAGAUAAUACCGUUUUACUGGUAGAAAGCAGCAGUGAUUUGAAAUGAAAGAAUAAAAUUCCAAAACAAGACUGCAGUUGGACUUUGAGAGGACAAAAGUCUUGACUACAGAAGAACAACACAUAUUCAAUGUUGACAAUGAAGAAAUUGAAAUAGUGAAAGAUUUUGUAUACUUAGGUUCAAUCAUCAAUCCAAAUGGAUAGUGUAGUCAAGAGAUAAGAGAUCAGAAGAAGACUGAGACGGCCAAUGAUGAAGGAAUUAGAAAUGAUCAUCAAGUGAAAUGAUCAGCAAGUCUCUGGAGACCAAGACCAGGAUAAUCCACAUUGUUUUAUUCCUAAUCUUUAAGUACAAGUGUGAAAGCUGGACAGUAAAGAAAGCUGGCAGGGAAACAAAUUGAUUUGUUUGAAAUAUGGUGCUAGAGAAUUGCUUUGCAGGAAAGACAAACAAGUAGGUCCUACAUAGAACAAAUCAAAACUGAACUGUUAGAGCUCUGUGGUUUAGAUAUCUGGCUGCAUAGCCAGAGGCUGGGAGUUCAAUUCUGCAUUGUGCUUUCCUGACAGAGGC